AGUUUCUUGCUGGGCUGUAAGCAGCAGCAGCAUAGACCUUAGCUUUGAGGGGUUGUAAUGGGGGAGGAAUAGUUUGGCUUUUUGUAUUUUUUUUUCCCCUUUCUUCUCUCUCUCUUUUUUUUUUUCCUUCCCCUUCCUUACAUCUUUCUUCCUUAAAGGUCAAAAUCACUUUGGGAGCUUUGGUCUAAGUGAGUGAGAGGAGGCUGUGGGUUUUUGGUGCUUGCAAGAGCAGGGCUGGUAGUUCUAAAUGGAAACUGGAGAGGGCUCCAGCGUUCUGGAAAGCUUUCUGCAACUCCUUCGGGUCUGAGCUUGAAACAGUGUUUAAAAAAAAUGAAUACUGCCUCAGCUUCAGAAAGUGGAUCAUAUUCCACAAACCACUCAAGGCCCUUUUUUUAUGCGCAGCCAACAGCACAACAACCUUUUCCAAGUCCAUGGUACCUCAGCCAUGCAUAUAAUCCAUACUGCAUACCUGCACUAGGUUUCCGCAGUGGGCAUCCAUAUUUUCCAUUUUAUUCUGUGGCACUCCAUGAGUACCCUGGAUUCCUUGUUCCACAGCAUCCAGUGCAUGCAAGAAUCAACAGAAGGUCUUAUUUUAAUGCUCCCCCAUCCUCUCCUAUGUUUUAUCAUGCAACCCGAUUUAGACACUAUAGUACCCCUGGGAAAAAAACGGAGACAAAAGAAACACAGACUGAUCCUAGACAGCCUGAAAACAAGCAAAAAAAGCAUCAAGAUACCCGUACAGAAACGAAAGGUUGUGAUGCAGGAAAUAUGGCCUGUGUUUCUUCUGGCAUAGGUACAGAGACUGAAAGUACUUCAGAGAAGCAAGAUUCAUCUGGAUCUUCCAUUGUGGUAGACAGGGAGUUUCAUAAUAGUCCUUCCAGCUCUACACAGUAUAGAAAUCUUCCUACUGGAAGCUAUGCCUUUGAGAAAGAAGAGGUGAGAAUAGAAUAUGGAAAUGGCUCUCCAGCUAUUCAACUAUGGAAGUCCUUUAAAGAAACUAUUCCUUUGUAUGAUGUGUCAAGUGGUAAACCAGUCCCAGAGAACAUAGUGCAGCGUGAUUUAUUUUCUGUUAGCUCAUGUGAAGGGAUGAUAUAUGGCCCUCAUGAAGGGGAGAAAUUGGUGCCAGGAACUUACCUAGAUGAGAGAAAAGCUGUUCUCUCUUCAAAACAGGGUGUUGAAACCAUGCAAGAAAAAGAGGUCCAAAAUAACGAAGUGAAGCUGGAUGCGGAAAAGCAGGUGACCACAAGUCAGCGGGCAAAAUCUCCUCCAGGCGAAGCCAUGGCAGUGCAAAUAGCAGAACUGGCAAGAUCUGUUAGCAUAGAUCAGCCAGUGGUAAGACAGGAUGUGUUAGUAGCUAAGAAAUCUAGCUCUAAAAGAUCCACAGGCUCAAAAACCUCUCAAGAAGAGUCUAGUCUUAUUCAACAAGCAGGACUACUUCCAUCUAGUAUGGAGGUAAUGAGUGACUUGAGUUUUCAGCAAAAGAAACUGAAUCUAAGCCACAGUGCAACCAAUGAAAGUCAAACUGAUAGAAGUAUUUGGUGUGAAGAAUCAGUGGAGAAGUAUGUUCCUUCUAACAGUUGGCUGGCUUGUCUGGACAAUAUGGACACAAACUACAACUACGAUGUGUGUUUGCCACAAAGAAAACGUCAAAGUGUACUCAGUCUUUCUUCUGAUGACAUGUCCUCUAGAGAGGAUGGCUCAUCCAUUGAUAAUGCCCCAGUGUCUUAUUUUGUACCUGACUAUGUGCUUCAGAAAAGCACGUAUACUUUCCAAAAAAGUACAGAGGGCUUGGAGAAGGAGAAAAUUAAAAGUGGUGGGUCCCUCAAUGAAGAUGAAGUGGUAGGAAGGGAGCAGAUGAACAGUUUGGAUGGCCAAGAUGUCAAAAACUCAACUAUGAAGAUUAAAGAGUCUUCCAGUAUAGGUAAAAGGCUGGGAGCCCUUCCUAGAUCUUCUAGUUGGAAAAAAAUCUGUUCUCUCAAGAAAAAAGCUGCUAAGAGUUUACCAGAAGUGGAGGACUCAGAAGAAUACUCUGCACAGGGAGAAGAGGAGGAUGAAGAGGAUGAGGAUGAUGAUGAUGAUGUGGAUGAAAUAGAAUAUUUCUUUCAAGAAGCUGCUCCGUAUGGAAUCUUGACGCCGAGUAAAGGAAACCUCUACCGACAAGUUGGCCAGAGGGUGCUUUGGAAACCACCUAAAAAUGCUAUUCCAGCUCACUUAAUUAGCUGGCCUGCUCAGGAGAAAAUAAAAACUAGGAGUGGGCUUGGUGAAAACAUUGGUGUAGUUUACAAGCCAAAGGAGAAAGAACAAGAUGAAGCUGUAUAUAGUGACUACGGGCAUUAUGGAAGAAAGAGGCCAAUGGCAAGAAGAGAAGGGCUUGAACAUAAGCGAAUGCUACAGAAAGUCUUGGGAGGAAGACUGUUAAGGGAAAGCAUGGGGAUACCACCUGAAGAAUUUUGGAUUAGAAGCGGUGCUAAACCCAAAGUUAUUGGCCGAGUACAUGGUAGUCUCUCACCCCAAGCCAUGAGUAAAGAACAAGGGUGCCCGCCUCUGGUUAAACCCAAGAAGAAAAGAAUAGGCAAGCCCCCAUUAAAACGCAGAGACACAAGGUGUGAGGUGGAAGAAGUGGAAGUGUGGGAGAUGCCUAAAAGCAGUGUACGCAAAGGGCGUGGAACAAGAAGGUCCCUCUAUAAGAGAAGAUAACUGCAAAUAUUGGGGCAGGAGGGGAAGCAAAUGUAUCAGAGGUUUGCGUACACAACUCUAUUGUAUAUUUUGUAAGUUGCUGUGCACUCUUGAAGGGUAAGAACUGCCAUACAUCUUACAGUGCUGCUAUUAAAAUGGAAUGAAGUAUUUAACACUAAACUGUCACCUUUUGUAACUAACGUCCACUAUUUAAUAAAUUUAAUAGAAGUG